GGUUCAGUCGAGAGAAGAGCGUGUUCGAGUGCACAUCGGCCGUGUCGUGUUUCGUUGCGUGUCGUGCCGCGAGAGAGCGUUCGGGUUGUUGGAUUUUUGUGGGGGACGGAUUUUGUUUUUUUAUUUCUCAGUGUGUGGUGGCUGCAAUCAAACUCAUGUAGAGAAAAAUGAAAGAACUGUGAAGUUUUUUUUUGCGAGUGUGUGGAUUAUUUUUUCGAGUUUUGUUUAUUGCGAGGCAUCGGAUUAAGGUGAAUACAUUAUGUUGGGGUGAAUUUGAUGAUUAGAAGCGGGUUUUAAGUAGCUGCCAUAGCAAGAAGUAUUGAAGGAAGAUAAUAAAACAAGUGAACCGUUACAAUAAAUUAAUAAGAAGAGAUUAAAAGAAAGCAACAAGCAAAAAAAAAGUGAAUGUGUGUAAAAAGAAUAAAAGUGUGUUGCAGCCAAAAGAAAGAGUAAAAUAGUGCAAACAAAAGUGAAGAUUUAUGAGCAAAAGUUGGGAUUAAUUAGGAUUAUUCACCGACUUUCCUGCUCAGCGCCUGCUAGUAUUGGUGUUCUGGCCACAGGCACAAGAAAGGAUACCAGCAGCAGAAGUUGUGGCAGCAGGCCAGGAUUCGUGUGAAAAGACACACAAACACAACCAAACACCGGCAGCGGUAGCCGUCGUCGUCGUCGUUGUUGUUGUUGGUGGCGGAUGGCGACAUCAUAGUCGGCGGCGUUUUAUGUUGCUCUGAGCCAACUUGGAUUAUGUACACGGAAGAAGAGUAGUCGCAGCGAGGUAGCGGCAGCAAAAAUUGCAAAAUUUCGUCCUACCCAAAACAGGAGCAGAAUAAUAAAGAACGCUGCAUCCUUCCACGAUACUGCACCUCUUCUUCUUGUACUUGGAAACAACCAGGCAGUGAACAAAAAAAUGGCAGUUAAAAGCGACCUCUUGAGAAUAGAUUUGCGUUUUGGCUGCCAGCGAGGAGGACAACAACAGCAGCAGCAGCAAGAGUUGACGGUGAUGACACUUCUUGAGUCCUGCAGCAGUCAGUAGAGCAAAGGGUUUCAUCGAGUAAUGAAAAAAGUUUCAAGAGUUGGUGCAGUUAUCAGAGAUUGAGAGUAAAUUUUAAGGAUGUAACGAGGCUGAUAAGAACGACGCGUCCAAUCACAUUUCACAGUCAUCACACAGCAUCUCAUCGACGAAGACUAGAACAACAACAACAACAACAGAAUACAAGCAACAACUGCAUUUAAUUCGUGCCAAGAUAGUCUGGAGUAAAGAACUAGCAGAACGUCGUAGAUCGUAACCCUCGGUAGAGAGAACAAAAACACAACAAAAAACGUAGCAAAGUUAGGAACGGAACGCACAUAUCCGAUCCCCAACGUAACUAAGAAAAAACCCACAGCGUGCCUGGUGUCCAAAUAACGAACAAAAAAAAACACCUUACGAAACACCUACGAACAAUAUCGCUCUGUAAUCGAUACCAAAAAAAAGAAACACUUUAGACAACAUCAACAGUAAGAAAGACGGAAGCUCAUUUAGCAUCAUUUAGCACAAAACAAAAAACCCAACAAAUUUAAAAAUGGGCAACAAAUGCUGCAGCAAGCGGCAGGAUCAGGAGCUGGCCCUGAGUUACCCGGGCGGGUACAAAAAGGGCGAAUCGUCGUUCAGUUCGAACAUGUCGGGCGGACCGAACAAGCACACCAACGGUGGCGGCGGAUCGCUCGAUUCGCGGUACACCCCGGACCCGAACCGGGGACAGCUGAUCAAGGGGCUGCCCAAGGGCGGGGUGGACAUCAUCAGGCCGAGGACGACGCAGCUCCCGCUGGGUGGUCUCGGCGCCCGGCGGAUAGUGGUCGCCCUGUACAACUACAACGCGCGCGAGGAAACCGACGUCAGCUUCGUCAAGGGCGACCGGAUGGAGGUGCUGGACGACACCGAGUCGGACUGGUGGCGCGUGGUGCACCUGAAAACCCGCCAGGAGGGCCUCAUCCCGUGGAACUUUGUCGCCGAGGACCGCAGCGUCAUGAGCGAGGACUGGUUCUUUGAGAAUGUCUCGCGGAAGGAGGCGGACAAGCUGCUGCUCGCGACGGAGAAUCCGCGGGGCACGUUCCUGGUGCGACCUUCGGAGCACAACCCGAACGGCUUUUCGCUGUCCGUGAAGGACUGGGAGGAGGUCCGGGGCUACCACGUGAAGCACUACAAAAUCAAGCCCCUGGACAACGGGGGUUAUUACAUCGCAACGAACCAAACCUUCCCGUCGCUGCCCGCGCUCGUCAUGGCGUACUCCAAAAACGCGCUCGGCCUGUGCCACGUGCUGUCCAGCCCGUGCCCGAAGCCGCAGCCGCAGGUGUGGGACCUGGGCCCGGAGCUGCGCGACAAGUGGGAGAUCAACCGCAACGAGAUCCAGCUGAUCCGCAAGCUUGGCCACGGCAACUUUGGCGAGGUGUACUACGGCAAGUGGCGCAACAACAUCGAGGUGGCGGUCAAAACGCUCCGCGAGGGCACCAUGUCGACGGCGGCGUUCCUGCAGGAGGCUGCCAUUAUGAAAAAGUUCCGCCACAGCCGGUUGGUGGCGCUGUAUGCGGUUUGCUCGAAGGAGGAACCGAUUUACAUCGUGCAGGAGUACAUGUCGAAGGGGAGCUUGCUGGAUUAUCUGAGGACGGGGGAUGGGCAGUUUUUGCAGUUUGAGGAUCUGAUUUACAUUGCGGCGCAGGUGGCCUCGGGGAUGGAGUACCUGGAGCUGAAGCAGCUGAUCCAUCGGGAUUUGGCCGCGCGGAACGUGCUGAUUGGGGAGAACAACGUGGCGAAGAUCUGUGAUUUCGGGUUGGCGCGGGUGAUAGCGGACGACGAGUACUGCCCGAAGCAGGGUUCGCGCUUCCCGGUCAAGUGGACCGCCCCGGAGGCCAUCGUGUACGGCAAGUUCUCGAUCAAGUCGGACGUGUGGUCGUACGGCAUCCUGCUGAUGGAGCUGUUCACGUACGGUCAGGUGCCGUACCCGGGAAUGCACAGCCGCGAGGUGAUCGAACAGAUCGAACGGGGCUACCGAAUGCCAAAGCCAACGAACCAUCACCUGCCGGACGACAUCUACGCGCUGAUGCUCAAGUGCUGGGACGCGAUACCGGAGAAGCGUCCGACGUUCGAGUUCUUGAACCAUUACUUCCAGAACUUUACCGUCACCUCGGAGGUGCCCUAUCGAGAGGUGCAAGACUAAACGGCAGCAGCAACCAGGCUAGAACGAGACUUUUAGAGAGAACUCUCUCUUUUUCGUCCUUCGGGUGGGUCCUAUUAUACUAGUAGUAGCGCGUAGUUUUCGUAGCAGCAGCAGCAGUAGCAAUUAGUCAGGUUAAUCACACACAGACAAACAGACACACAAACACACUUUUACACAGUCAUAAAACAUUACGUUGCAUUGUAAUCACGUAAUUGUGCGUUAAGAGUAUCGUGAACGCAGAAUAGUAAUAAAAAAAAGAGCGUUUGAGGUAAGAGACGCUUCUUCGAAAAGAAAAACCAAUCAGGCUUUGCAAAUUGCUCUGCAUAUUGUGGCGUUUUUGAUUUCAUCCAGCAGCAGCAGUUAGAGGGAAGUACCUAGUGUGUAGAGAAGUGAUCGUGAGCGUGAUUGUGAUCGAGAUUUAGAGUGAUGUUGCGUUAUGAAUUUCCGUAAAUCUUUGAAUUUUCUCUCUAUCAAACUCUUUCUCAAACCAAAGCUAUACAAAAUCUUUAGGUUUAGGUCAUCAGCGUCGUUGCGGGAAGCGGAAGGAGGAUUCUUUUCCCUUUGAAAUUUUAUCAGUGCUUUUGUGUUUUGAACAUUUUAAAGCAUUUCUUUCAACGUAAAUUUGGAAAAUGGCUGACAUUCAAUGCUCUACGAUCCCAUUUUAGUCAACUUUGAAGGGUUGAUUGCCUAUGAAAUAAGCAAAUGCAUUUUCUCAAUAUUUCUUCACCGCCAUCUUGGAUUUUAAAAUUCUAAAUCAUUUUAGAGUAGUUUUGGGGUAAAAAUGAAAAAUAAAACAAAAACAAUUUAUUUUUCGUGAUUCGAUUAUCCGAAGUAAAAAUUUCCCAAGGCUGCCGGAUAAUUGAGUCUGGACUGUUCACUCAGUGAAUCGCAAUUGAAUCGCUCUGAUUAUUUCAACCAUUUGAACACAACUUGAGUUUUUUUUUUUUUGAAAAGUUCCUAGAAGCUAUUGUAUUUCAAAAAAACUCUAGAACUGAUCUUCUCAAAUCAAUCAAAUUACGAAAAUCUGCUAAGUGGGGUCCUGUAGUCUUACACGCACGUAACGUAAACGCAAACUUCUUACCGAACCUAAUCAAAAAUGAGUAAAUGUGGCAUCUAACAGAUCUGAGUGAAUUUCACUCGGAAUUCAAUGAAAACUGAGUUAAAUUUACCCAGACUUUGAGUGUACAACAAUAAAAGGCGUGCUACACUCAAAAUCAGAAGUACCCUUCAAAAAGGGUUCUAUCUACCCUUUAUCUGUCAACAAAAGGUAAACAAACUCUUUUUGAUGGUUACUUCUACCCUUUUUUUCAAGUUUACCGGUGGUAACCUUUUGCAAAAGAGUAACGACGGGUUUACUAAGAUGAAGGGUAGAUAGAAAUCAUUUUGAGGGGUACUUCUGAUUUUGAGUGUAAAGAAUAAAAUGAUAACUUUUGAAUUUAAUUGAUUUUAUUUACUUUUUUUCGGCAGUAAAAGCAACCAAAGCAGCGGUACCAAAAACCUGCUUCUUUUUGUAAACACAUAAUUCAAAUCAAAGUGCGCGAGGUUGUAAAAUUCUCAGAGAAAUUCACAAAUGCCCAAUUUACCCAUUUCUGACUACGUUCGGGUUUGACUAAAACUACAUGAUUUGGACGUGCAUGGCCCAAUUACAGAAUGCUGCUCGCUAACUGGUCUAAUACAAAAAAUGACUAGCAGAUCUUCAAUGCAAAAUAAGUAUUAAUUAAAACAGAAGAAUACAAGUUUCUCAAAAAUAUGUCUAGAUUUAACCCUACAAAAUUCUUUGAAUGUGACUUGAAAUUUCAUAACUACUUGAAAAGGGUUUUUUUUAAAUUAAAAUUGAUUUCUUCAUCCACUGAACCCUGGAUCAUUUUGGUAUGUUGUUGUUUUUUGACGUUUUCUGCAGUUAAAAAGAACACCCAGUUUAGCACAAAUUUGAAAUGUUUGCCAAUUUGAACUGGUUUGACGUUCGCUGAGGGUGUCAAAAAGUUUGGUUAUGUUCUGCUUGCAAAAGACAAUGAUCGAGCUCGAGCUGUCACAGUCCCUGCGAAAUAUGUUGACUGAAAUAUCGGGCGGUCAGUCAAAAAAUAAUAAUCUAGAAUUCGCAUGACAAAAAAAAGUUUUGCUAGAAAGAGAUAGCAGAUCUGAUGCAAACAAAUCCGCAGCUACCAUGUGAACAUACUUUGAAUGUGUUGGUAAAUUUCUGGAAUUUUAUCAUUGUUUACAUCAGGGCACUAUGACGAGUUCGUCAUUUUCGGGCUAAAUUAAAUAUGUGUGCCUAGAAAGCCUAAUUCAAAACAAAAAGUUUCUAAAAUGUCAAAUUAUGACAAUUUUCCGGGCAAAUUUGUCCGUAUUUUUAAGCAUGCCUAAAUAGGUCGAAAACGCUUUUAAAUGCAUUUUAUUUUUAUUUUUUUAAAUACUUUCUUUCUAAAAGUGUAUUUCAAUCCAGUUUGGCAUGCUGAAUAACCGUGCAGAAAAAAAAAUCCGGUAAAAUUUGCUCGGGAAACGGUCUAAAUUUAGUUAAGUUUAGUCAAAUGAAAUUUCAGUAAGCGAUUUAUCAAUUUAGAUUUCACCGAAUUCUCAGUUCAUUGAUAUUUGUCACAUUGUCAGAUGAUUUCCUGAAUUUGGUUCGAUGAAAAUUCUGUAACUUUCUUCUGUCAGUUUGACAGAUUUGAUUUUUCAUGCCAUUUUAAAUAUUUCCAAACCCUGAUUGAUGUAUUUAUUUCUCAAAUCACAUUAGAAAAUUUCAUGAAACUGCCCCUCAACAUGUAUUUUUAUAAACAUUUUUUCUUAUCCUUAACAAAUCAAAAGCAUUGAUAAAAUUAAAGGGAAAAAGUAUCGCUAGUCGUCAUUUUCUAGAGAAAAUCAGUUCUUUUGUAAUAUAGUUUCUAGUGUCAUCUAUUAAGUCUAGUUUUCUACAAAAAAGGCUUGCUCAUAAAAAAUUAACAUUUCCUUUAUUUACACUGUCCAUACAACUCUUAAAAACACAUGUAGAAUGAUUCUUUAAUCUACAAAAACUGCCAUUUUUUCUUGCUAUUUUCAAUUUUCGCAAAAAAAUUCUUUCUUUCAAACCCCCGCAAAAGUUGCACGCAAAUUUGUUAAUCGUUUUAGUGAUUGUGUACAACAAAACUGAGAUGUUUUAGAAACAAAGCAAGCUUUUCGUUUCCUCAUUGCCGCAUGGCACAUCUCUAUUGUUCUCUCCUCACUCACGCGGCAGUAGCACGUUAGCAGCACCACACACUCACACAGACACACCACUUCACCACUACGAAAGCAGCACGCUGCGAGGGAAACUGUAUGAAGUACAUAUAUUAUAGAAAACACAAACACACACACACGCUAUAUAAUGCAUUAAAAUAUUAAAUUAAUGAUUAAUGAUAAGUAACCGAAGCAACUGAAGUAAACAAAAAAAAACAAAAACAAUUUUAUGACUAUUUAUAUUUAUAUAUAAAUUAAUUUACUGAACUUAUUAAUUAGAGUACUCUACCUAUUACCUUCAUUAUUCGGUUCACUUUGAAAGGCAAGCGGAGGAGGAAACACAACAAAGAAAAAAGCAAGUAAGCAAGCAAAUUUAUCAGCGAAAUAAAAGAAAGAAAAAAGGUAAACAACAAACAGGAAGUCACACACACACUUUUUACUCUCUAUUCUAUAUCUUUAACCAAAAACAAAAAAGAAUUUGAAAGCAAAGCGAAGCGAAAAUAAGAAAACGUUAGAACAAACAAAAAAACUAGUGAAUGAAUGCAAACAAAAAGCAAACCAAGUAAAUCGUUUCUGUCCAGUAAAGAAGACAAUUGCCAAUAAAACAAAACAAAUACCACACUUUCACGCAGACAAAACACACACACACUCACACAUUGAUAUACAGUGCAGUGCUGCCAGCACGUUAGUCAGUUACUCUCAUAACGAAAAAAGAAAAACAAACAAACAAAACAAAAAUAAAACGGUUUUAACAUCCCCUUGAAAAAAAUAAACAAACAAAAACAAUCGCAUCCAUACACAACACAAAAUAUUGACAAAA